AUGGAAGGUGCAAUAUUGAGCGCCCAAAGCAAUAACAGAUUCCGUACGCAUCUUAAAAACGCCGCCAGUGCUUUAUGCGCCAGAACUCUGCCCAAGCAGAGAUGCAGCGAGGCAUCGGCAAGUUCGUCCCGCCACCAUACCUAUCCGCGUGCCACUCCGCCCAAACGUGCGUCGAUCUCCUGCCGUAUGGAACCACUACUAUGCGACAUUCCCCAUAAUGCUAACUACCAACAACCUGAUGUUAUACCAAGUAAAGUGGCGGACACGAACAAACACAACACCACACCUAAUGGCAUGGUCAAAUUAAAGGGGGCAUUAGCCAGGUAA